AGUGCCAUUCCGAUUGCACGAGAAAUACAAACCAUGCAAACAUAGGCAACAUGGCAGUGUUAGGGACCUGGGCCUUCUCUGAGUCUGCAGUUGACCAGCUGAGGAGUCUGAUCAGCUCUGGACGUCAAGCCACUGAUGCUGUCGAGGAGGCUUUAGCAGCGGCUGAGGACGACCCAGGCACGGGGCGCCACAUCGUGGGCAGAGGGGGGUUCCCCAACAGUGCCGGCGUGCUGGAGUGUGAUGCUGCCAUCAUGGAGGGAGGGGCCGGGCGGUUUGGAGCAGUGGCGGCACUACGGGGGGUGGGGAGUCCUGUGCGUGUAGCGCGUAGCGUGAUGGAGAGGAGCCCCCACAGCCUGCUGGUGGGACAGGGAGCACUGGGCUUUGCUAGGGAGCAAGGCUUCACUGUUGAGCCCAACGAAGCCAUGCUGACUCCACAUUCUACCCAGGCCUACCAGGAGUUUGUUGAGAAGAAAAACCAACCCAGUGGCCAUGAUACUCUUGGUCUCAUUGCUCUGGACCUCAUGGGGAACAUAACAGUGGGAGUCUCUACUUCCGGAGCUCCCUUUAAGUCCCCCGGGAGGGUUGGAGAUUCCCCCCUACCCGGUUGUGGGCUUUAUGCUGACCACACGGUAGGCGCUGCUGCUGCCACAGGAGACGGCGAUAAGAUCAUGUGCUUCUGCCCCAGCUUUCACGUCGUCCAGCAGAUGAAACAGAAGGGCUCUUGCCCUGGCGACGCCUGCCGAGCCGUCCUCACUGACAUCCUGUGCCGGGUGGAGCCCGCAAAGAGGUUCGAGAUUGGACUCAUAGCCAUGAACAUGAAGGGUGAGGUUGGAGCGGCCUCUUCUGUGGAGUUCCCCUACACCUUCUGGAAGCGGGAUAUGGUCAAAGUCCAGACAUGCAUCAGUGUUCCACUAGACAGCCACGGAGACAAACCAGGGGAAUAGAAAAUAAAUCAUCUGUGGUGACAACCUCCGGCCAACUGAACUGGCAUUGUUUUACCUGCUGAGUCAAUAGUUGCAGGUGACAAGUGACAUCAGCAUGCACCUUGCCUAUAGUUGCUUGGUCUGUCUUCAGUGAUGACACAAUCAUUACCAUUCAGUGAUGACACCAUCAUUACCAUCAACAUGACAGGACACACGAACACAAACGUUACUUGAAUUGUUAUUAUUUAGGCUACGAUAAGGUUUCAUAUUGUGUGCAUACAUUUUCUUAAUUCUAUA